AUGGUGUCUAAUGCCAAACGCUUAUGUCAACGAUCAUUAUUAAAUGAUAUUUCAAAAUGGAAAGCUAUUUUAGAUGAUGAUUUAUAUCAAAUACCCACUCUUAUUUCAAUGUUAUGUUGUCAAAUAAUUGAUUCAAAACAAACAUCUCUCAUUUUAAAACAAGUUAAUGAAUAUUUUAAUUGGCAAAAAUAUAAACAUGUUAAACGAAUCUAUUGUACAACUGAUGAACAAAAUCAACAACAAAAAAUUGAAAUUUUACUUUGUCGAUCGAUAGAUACUCUCGAUAAAAUAUAUCCACAAGAAUUUUUAUCUAAAUAUUUUCAUAUGAAUAAUGUAACAACUGUUCAAAUACCCGAAAAACAGCCACUAUUAAAAUGGCAAUAUGAAGAAUGUCGUAAGAAUUAUUGGCCAAAUUUAAGUUAUAGAGAAAAUAAAUAUUUAGAACAAGAAUAUUCAAAUAAAAAAAAUGAAAUAAAUUCGAAGGAAGAAGCUAUUAUUGACAUGUUGAAACAACUACAAACAAAUCAUGCUGUUCAAAGCCAACAUUGUGCUGUGGUAACUAAUUCCGAACAUGAAAUACUCGUCGCUACAAUUGAUUAUCGUCAUGAACAUCCACUACAACAUUGUACCAUGAUCGCUAUUGAUCUAAUUGCACAAAUGUCAAAUGGUGGUUGUUAUCAUAAUCGAAAAAAUUUUCUUUAUGAAUUUUUAUUAUCAUCAACGGUAGAAAAACCAACAACUAAUCAUCUAUGUAAUUCUUAUUUUAUCUAUUUGACACAUGAGCCAUGUAUGAUGUGUGCUAUGGCAUUAUUACACUCUCGAAUAGCGAAAGUUUAUUAUUUAGAAACAGUUGAUUAUGGAGCAUUAGGUACCAAAUAUAAAUUACAUUGUUUAAAAAAGACAAAUCAUCGUUUUCAGGUUUAUAAAUUGCAAAUAGAAAAUGAACAAGAACAGUGA